AUGCAUUUCUCAACGCUUUUCACCACCACGCUUCUCCUCGCCGCCGACGGCGCGCAGGCAUACUUCAAGCCCCGGACAAACAUGCAACUCGCAGUACCCCGCGCCGCCCUCCCCUACGGCAGCUCGAAUUACAACAGCUUCGGUCGCCGAAGCGUCGCCCUCAACAAACGUACCGAGCACAUGAAAGACUCAGCAGCCUGGGGGACCCCGGCCGCUGCCGCCGCAGAGACCCCUGCUGCAGCAGAAACCCCCGGCUGGUCGGCAGCAGCAGCGGCGGCGGCGGCGGCAGCCACGCCAGGCGCAGGGCAGACGGGUGGCGCGACGCCGGGCCCAGGCGACAAGGUGCAGGUGGUGCAGGUUGGCGGGUCGAACGGGUCGCUGACGUUCCAGCCGGACGACAUCAAGGCGGACAUGGGCAGCUUCGUGCAGUUCCAGUUCAACCCGAUGAACCACUCGGUCGUGCAGUCGACGUUCGACGCACCGUGCAUGCCCAUGUCCAUCAGCAUGCCCAACGCCAGCUCCAACGCCUUCUUCUCCGGCUUCAUGCCCGCCGCGCUCGCCGACACCGCUUCCGCUGCCGCCGCGAGCAACGGGACCAUGAUGGCCGCCGCUUCGUCAGGCACAGUCGGCGGCAAGUUGACGUACACGAUCAAGGUCUCGGACGCGAAGCCCAUCUGGUUCUACUGCUCCCAGGGCAAGCACUGUCAAGCCGGCAUGGUCGGCGCCAUCAACGCUGCCUCCACCGGCCAAAAGACCCUCACUGCCUACAAGCAGCUCGCCGGCGCCGCCGCCGAGAACCUGUCGCCCGGCCAGAUCCCCUCGGCCAUGUCAAACGCCACCGCAGGCGGCAGUAGCAGCGGCAGCGGUUCAUCGUCUUCCGGCGGCCAGGCCGGCGCCGCGGCCGGCGCCGACACCGCCGCCGGCGCGUCCGGCACCGACAGCAGCAACCCCGCGCAGCAGACCACCAACGCCGGCCCCCGCGUGGCCGGCGACGUCGUGACGUCGUCGUCCGCCGGCGCGGCCUUGGCGUUGGGCGUGGCCGUUUUGGCGCUGUUGUAA